AUGCUGGAGGAGGGCAACAUAGAGACCAUCUACGCCCCUGUCACGCUCUGCGGCGACAUCCAUGGCCAGUUCUACGACUUGUUGGAGCUCUUCGGCAAGGGCGGGCGAGUGCCGGAUACAUCGUAUGUUUUCAUGGGCGACUACGUCGACCGCGGCUACCACAGUGUAGAGACGCUGCUCCUGCUGCUGCUACUGAAGGCGCGCUAUCCCGACCGCAUCACGCUGCUGCGCGGUAAUCACGAGUCGCGCCAGAUUACGCAGGUGUACGGGUUCUACGACGAGUGUUACCGCAAGUACGGCUGUGCCAAUGUGUGGCGGCUUUGCACGGAGCUGUUCGACUACAUGCCGCUUGGUGCUGUUGUGGAGGAAGAUAUUUUUUGUGUUCAUGGCGGUCUCAGUCCGCAGAUUGUCACGCUGGAUGAGGUGCGUGUGCUGGACCGCAAGCAGGAGGUGCCUCAUGAGGGCCCUAUGAGUGACCUGCUGUGGUCGGACCCAGAGGACAUUGAGGGCUGGAGUGUAAGCCAGCGCGGUGCGGGUUUUGUGUUUGGUGGCGAUGUUGCCAAGACCUUCAAUCACCGAAACGGCCUCAGUCUCAUUGCACGUGCGCACCAGCUGGUGCUGGAAGGGUACAAGUCGAUGUUUGACAGCAGCUGCUGCACGGUUUGGUCAGCCCCAAACUACUGCUACCGGUGCGGCAAUGUCGCCUCCAUCCUCGAGGUGGGCGAGCACUCCAAGACAGAUCGAAACGUUGUAUAUUUCACCGCGGCCACCGCCGAUGUGCGCGGCCAUCUCUCAAAGCAGCCUCCACCUGAGUAUUUCCUGUGA